UAAAGAUGCGGCUCAAUACCGUUACGCUGAAUAAUACAGUACUGUGAAGCGAACGCAAAAUAACGCAAAACGUUCGUUAUUGAAGUACAGUUCGGUUCUUUGUGUCUUGAUCUGAGAGUCAAACCGCGACGUUUAAGCGUAGUUCCAGCUACUCCUCUUCAGCACAAGACGUAGAGAGGGAGCUGAGUAUUGGACCGGUUUACGAGUCACCCAGGAUGUCCAGACGCAGUCUCCGUCUGCACACCAGCAUAAGUAACUAUGGAGAUGACGGUCUGCUCGACUCGUCUCUUCACCACAGCACCUCUUUCAGCCGUGACCAGACACUGAAGAGCAGAAGAACCAAUCACUCUGUUUCAGGGACACCACAGAUUGUUCAAACUCCGAGGUCUACCUCAACAUCAAUCCUGCAGGCCCAUAACAGCACACUGAACAGCACACUGAACAGCUGUGCGCCCAGCAAUACCUCUCUGCUGUCCUCUAUCUUAGAUGAGUCCUCCAUACAGGAACGCACCUUAGUCGACAGCUUCUGGGGUUUGGAUGAAGACUGUGAUAUUAAGGACCAGACAAUCAUUGCACACCACAGCACAGUGGAGGCCAAAACACAGACCUCUACAGCACAGAACGGCUACAUCUACAAAGACUGCCCCAAUACCUCUCCAUCAAAGAACAACAGCUCCCUUCACGAUGCUACUGGGCAUCAGGCGUCUUUUACAGAGACACCCAGCACCGCCUCCUUUCCAAACACUACGUUGUACUGCAGGGACAAGAAUCGCAAAUACAAGCCAGGUGUGCUGGUGAUGUUGUCUGAGAUGUGCCUGCAUAACCGAAAGAAAAUUGCUGCAUUUGUAGCAUACAUAUACACACUACUGAUGCAGAUGGCUCUGCUUAAAGGCCUGCUGUUAUCAGUGUUGCAAUGGUGUGUGCGAGUGUGUAAGGGAAUCUCUCGCUCUACAGCCACUGUGCUGAGGAAGAUACUGCAGUCUGUGCAUCAGAAGAGAGCAAACUAUGGCUAUGCUAAUGGAGGCAUCAUAAAAAAGAUAUCUGGUUUACCGGCAUUCCCUCGUCUCGAAAUUGAAGUUGCAAUAAUGGAUAUAACUGUUCGUAAACCAGGCAAUGAUAAAUACUACAGCAGUAUGAGUGUUAAAGAGGUAGUGCUGCAGAAAGAACGACCGAAGAUCAGCGGCGUACUAUGUGAUGACUGCAAAAGGAAGCAUAAUUUUGCAACGGACUCUCAUUCUUCGCAAGAAGAGAAGCCUGUAGGGACCUUAUGGUCAAACAUAGUUUCUACAGGGAAGACAACCUCAGGAAGCUUCUUGUGGCUUGUUGAUUUCUUCGCAAAGUGUCUCCCUAUGCUCUCUCAAGUCCUAUUUCUUGUACCUUUUCUUCUGUUUCUUGCUUUGUGCUACUGGGGACCAUCUGGACUGUUAGCCAUGCUUCCUUCUGCUAAUGUGAUGGUGUGGAGAGAUGCCUCCUACGUCACCCCUCCAUCCACCUCAGAGGAGAGACAAACUCCCCCUGACACAAACACUCAGAGGCCCUCAGUUCAGUCAUUGUCAUCAGUAGAGGCAGAGAGGUUGAUGCGUCUAGAGGACAAUUUGUCUCAGCUGUGGGAUCGAGUAACGGGGGGUUUGCUCAGGCAGGAGGAGCAACACACUGAAGUGCUCAGUCUGUAUAACACACUGCGCUCAGAGCUCCACACAGAGAGACUCACGGACAGAGAGAGUCUGGGCAAGUGGAUUGGAGACCUGCUGGAGGAGCGAUUCAGCCUGCUGAAAGGAGAAGUGCAGAAAGAGGCCAAGUACACACAGCAGCAUCAGGAAAAACAUGCAGAAGAGCGUCAGUCAGAGAACACUCGACUCGCUGAAGCUGAGGCUCUCCUUCAGACAUUGGCACGCAAAACUGAGGAGUUACAGAGAAAACAAGAGCCUGCUUCUAGGAAGAUUCCUGAGGCUGAGGCGCCCUCCUCUGACCCUCGCAGUGAGGAGGUUGAGAGCAGCUCCGGUGAAGAUUUGCUGGCAGAGGUGAGGCGGCUAGAGGAGACUUUGGAGCGCAUCAGAGAUGAUGUGCAGGGGCUGAUGGGAUGUAGAGAAAAGUGUGAACAGCUAGACUCCCUUUCAGUCUCAGUGUCCGAGCAGGUGGAGAAGGAAUUUAGAUCUCUGUUUUAUGGCAGUGACAAAGCAGAGGAACUGGAGCUUCCUGGAUCUCUCCUGCAGUGGCUCUCUGAUCACUUUGUGAGCACCACUGAACUGCAGGCUUCACUCAGCGCUCUGGAGAGCAGCAUUCUGGGUAACUUGUCACUUCAGGUAGAGGAAGGCCAGUCACCUACUAAAGAGACGAUCACUCAAACUGUACGACAAGCCACAGGAGAGGCAGGCCUCUCAGAGGAACAUGUACAGUUGAUUGUUAACAAUGCAAUGAAGCUCUAUUCAGAAGACCGCACUGGUCUGGUGGACUAUGCAUUGGAAUCUGGAGGAGGCAGCAUCAUAAGCACACGAUGUUCAGAGUCCUUUGACACCAAAACUGCACUGAUGAGUCUGUUUGGCCUCCCGCUGUGGUACUUCUCCCAAUCACCACGUGUAGUCAUCCAGCCAGAUGUGCAUCCUGGGAACUGCUGGGCAUUUAAAGGUUCACAAGGUUAUCUGGUGAUCGGGUUGUCUAUGAAGAUUGUGCCUACAGCCUUUUCUCUAGAUCAUGUGCCCAAAUCCCUGUCGCCCACCGGCAACAUCAGCAGCGCCCCGCGAGAGUUCAAUGUAUAUGGUCUUGAUGAUGAGCAGCAGGAAGAGGGGCAGUUGCUUGGACAGUUUCUUUACGAUGAAGAUGGAGAUGCACUUCAGACCUUCCUUGUAUCUGAGGAGGUCCCGAGAGGUUUUCAGAUCAUUGAGAUGAAAGUGCUGUCUAACUGGGGUCAUCCUGAAUACACUUGUGUGUACCGUUUCCGGGUUCAUGGGAAGCUUGUUGAUGAAGAACUUGCAAGCAGUUAAGACUUGACGAACUUCUGACAGUCUGUCACUCAUGCACUGAAAAAUGGAACUGAGCUCUUGAGAAUAAUGUGCCAUGAGUUACAGAGAUGGGCUUGAGAUGACCUGAAGACGUUUGAUAAAGGAUUGCAUGCUGGUACAUGUACUGUUAGGCCUGAGGGCUAGAUUCAGCACUUGCACUCUUCUGAUCCAUUACACUGUUUCACUAUUGUCCGUCAUCAGGGGUUAUGCUGAUUUUCUGUUGUUGUUAUAUACUUUUGUUAUUUAUUAUACCCUAUGUGGCAGGAUUGUCACCAGCAAAAAAAUGCAUUGACAAAUUGCUACAAACAAACCAGUGAAGAUGUAUUUUAGACUAAAUCUAUAUGUUGUAAAAAGUUUUUUUUCUGUUUUUGCUAGCUGAUACUAUUUAAAAAUGGCUAGAGAACAAUCGCAGUUUAUUUUUGUGUAUUUAAGUUGAAAUGAGUGACAUUG